GGAAUGCACCCAUAGGCCCUAAAAGAGUUGAUCAUGAAAAUGGUAUCUAUUGGUAUUAAACUUAAUUCCGUCUCUAAGGGCGCCCCCUAUUUCCACCAGUGGGUGCGUUCGAUUAGCUUCCCUGGAUACACCAUUGUUGCACGCAGGGGAAGUCUCGAAAUGAAGCUAAUCGAACGCUACAGCGUAUUCGCAAAGGCAUCCUGGGAAAAACUUCAAGUCCCCGCCACGUUCCAUGAUGUCCAUGGUCAAACAGUCCAUCUGUGACGUCAUUACACUCGGGCAGCCUCCAGAGACCCGCUCGCCAGCUGGGGUAGUGGUGGCUGACACCAGGGCAGGCAUGAAGAUCACGCGAUGGCUAAACGAACUCUCUCGUGGUCAGCGAGCUUUUGUGAUGGAAACAAGGCGUUGCAAUCGCAGGAGACGGGAUCCAAGUGCAGUGCUGUGUGAACAUAGGUGGGAAGUUCUGUUUCCGAAGCACACAUACUGUUUUACCCACAAGCAAUUUUCAAGGCACAUAAUACCAGUUCAUGGAAUAAAGACAUUCUUCGAACUAAACUCUGUGAUCUACUAUUGCUUGAAUUUUGGGGUUAGCUACUGGACAGGAGCCAGCGCUGUCAGUGCACACUCUGAGGCCAGUAUAUGCGUUUAUGCAUCCUGUCUAAGGUCAAACUGUGCCAAACAGGCUCCCUCCGCUACUAGACGAAAUACCUCCAUGACCGUUCCGCCAAGGCUGUAUCGAGUACAAAUUGACAGAGCGAACCGGAAACCGGUAUUUCUCCGCAUCAUCCCCAACAGUCAAGGCAGUUCUGUUGAAAAUUACAGAAAUCUACGUUCAGCAGCAUGGCUGACAACAUCGCUAUUGCCGUGCGAUAUUCCGUGACCGUUUGCGGUGCAGUGGCCGUGGUCGAGAAUCUUCUGGCGAUGGCAGUUUUUGCUAGAACGAAGAAUCUUCGCAUGAAAUACUUCGCAUUCAUCUUCAACCGGGUCAUGACCGACUUUAUGUUCGGAUUGUUUAUUGUGCAGGUUAUCUGGAUCGACUCGCCAAUUCUUCAGAGCAUUCUCACUGCAAGUUAUUCCGUGUCAAUACUGACUAUUUUUGCUGCGGCUGUCAACCGUUACUUAGCCCUGUCUAUCAUGCCACCUGCCCGCUACGACUCACUAGUGACUGGAUAUCGCUUGCUCGGAGUGUGUUUCUUGUUUUGGUGUUUUGGUCUGAUAUACGGUUUUUUGCUACAUUACGCUUAUGAACGUAAAGCUUUUUUCACGGUGAAAACAUUUGGAUACUCUGUAGGAGUAUUCAUUGCAUGGGUUUUCACUGCAUUAACUUACUUUUUGGCUUUUCGUAAAAUCAAACAGUACAGCCUGUCCCAUGCCGGAGUCGGCGCCGACAAGGAGCGAGACUACGUCCGAGUAAAACAGACUCGUCGUUUGUUGAUUGUUUUCGUUCUCAUUCUUGUUACGUCAUUCUUUUCAAGGUUGCCGUUUGCCGUUUUUUCGCUGAUUGCCUACUGCAAUCGCUCCUUUUUAUCCAAUCAGAUCUUUUCGGCGUCUUUUGAGAUUUGUGUCCUGUUGUAUGCGCUGUCUACUGUGAUAAAUCCAUUGAUCUACUGGUGGCGAUUGGACGGUUUUAGGGCAGGUUUCUAUGAAAUGUUCUGUCGCUGUUGCAUUAAGGCAAAACCGAGAGAAACUGAAGUUAAACAGAUUGUAGGCCUAUAUGAUAAUACAGCUGACGAAACAGGCUUGUGAAUAACAUAGGCCCAAUGGGAGGUAUAAGACGAAUUGCAUGGGCCCAUUAUGACGUAACACUGUCAAUUUUUUUUUAUAUACAGUGUACUUGUUUAUUGUGCGGUGGUUUCAUGAUUGCAUAUUUGACAAGAAGGAAGCGAAUUUUCAUUGCUGAAGUUUAAAAAUAACAUUUGUAAAUUCACCACCGACCAUAUGGAUGAAUUUUGCGAUUUGGAUUUUGAAAAGUGUUCAGCGGCUUUUCAUUGCGGAAUUCUUAGAGCUGGCAUUGUUGCAAGUACAUGGAAUUAUUCAUAAAAGAAAAUUAACACAAAUACAGAUAAAUUUGCUUGUUUUGGCAAAUAAUUGCACCAAUUUGUCUCCGAUUUUUCAUAAAAAUUUUAAACUCUGAUUUAUUACAUUAACUUUUUACUCAGGAAUGAAACCCAAACAACACACAUGUAACUUUUUCUCCAGUCUUUAUUAAAUGUAAAAAUCACGUCACACAAAGCGUUCACAUCUCCGUACUUAAAGCAACAUCAACAUUUCAACAUCAAUCAAUUCAAUGUAACAUUGUCUCAGAAAUGGCAUCAACUCAAACUAUAAUUUUCGGGAAGCUGCACGGGACCAACGUUUUCCAACAAACAGUUCCUGUGAUUACACAUGGCUAGUGAUUACCAACACGUCUUUCUCAUCAACCUGGUACUUUUUAGCGGAUACCUGUCAUUAUAGUAGGCUCCUGCCUACAGAAUAAAAAUUCACAUCGUCCAAAUGGUAAUUUCAAACGUUUCCAUACAUAAACAAUUUUAACAGUUAACAAUUUGUGAGAUAGCCCUUACACUUUUUUCAAGUUUGUCACCAUUCUUAAGUCAACAGAGAGCCACAAAGCUACAGGAAAGCUACGUGUGGGUUCAUGUACAUGGCAUCGAUACAUGUACAUCGAUUUAAAUAGAAUAUAAAAGUCUGAAGUCGUUUUGCAUGUCAAAGCUGUAGUACUUUAUCAGCAGAGGACAAAUUUGAAUUGACAUGGGUCACUAGAGCUGCUGUCCAGGGUACAUAUGUACACAACCACUUACGAUAUACUCAAUUAUGAAAUGAAAAACUUGAUAGGGGCUAUUGCAUUUUGUUUAACACAGAUAAUGUCUUGGUGAAAAAUACUAAGUUCGGUUAACUUAACAAGUAUCUG